AUGGCUACUACUACCAGUUGUUUUAUAGAGUUGUAUCAAGAAAAUGAGUUGAGCCAAUCACGUAUUCAAUGGCUUUUGGAAACAAUUUACGAGAAGGCUCCAACUGAGGGAGUUACACCUUCUCAUCUAACCGAUAUAAUCACAUUUUUAUGUGAAUCAUCACUUUUGGCAACGACGACUAAAGUGUAUUUGAUAGAGCAUUGUCUUAUUCCUAACGACUACAUUCCAUCCGCGGUGAUAUACACCAUUAUAGAGCAUUUGGGGGCAAGUUCUCUACAAACAAUGUACAAAUUGCAAACUCCAGAGGCAAUUCAAAUUCAUUUAUGCAAGUGGGUAGUGCACAUAUUCUUUUUGUUGGAAGAUACCUCAGUGUUCGAGAAGACCUAUUCGUUGUGGUUUCACCUUUGGAGCUUCGAUUAUUUGCAACAUUGGAUCACUUAUGUUCUAUAUUGGUCAACCUUAAAAAUGCAUGUUCGUCCUUGGAGGGUAAAAAAGUUGGCUUUAUUAGGGUUCAAAACCGGGUAUCGAAACUCAGCAGCUCUAUCGACCCUCAUUCUAAUGAGAUAUCAAUCGAUAGAAUCGCAAGAUCUCAUAGCCGACUUUAUCACUCGCUUGAAUUGCAAUGCAAGGAAAUUGAAUACCUUAAAAAAAGGUAUGUUUGAUAAGGAUUUUCACCAUCUUUGCGCUGGUGUACUGGAGUCAAAUAAUGUACUAUCUAAGGAAUGUUUUGAUGAAGCAGUGCGAGAUUUAAUAAGACAAUUGAAUUCCACGAAAUCCCACGUAUUUGAGGUUUAUGACAAAACUAAUGUCUCUAUUCAAUGGAGUCAAGUGACCACAAUGCAGAAAUUGGUCCGAAGUAUUGAACAUAUCAAUAUACCUCAAGUCGAUGUGGAUACGCUUUUUUUAGAAGACAACAAAAUAUCAAGAGUUGCUUUGACAAUGCUUGAUUUUGAAGAGGAUAUCUGGAGAACUAUAGAGAAGUGGUGUCAGAUAAAAUACAAGCUCCUUUCAAAGAAAAAUGAAGAGGAAAGGAGACAAUUAGCCCUCAGUAUAAGCUUCGUUUGUUUGAUUAAUACUGAGGUUUUUUUAAGUAUAGAAGGGUCCUUAAUUAAAAAGAGUUUCCCUCGCGAUUUAGAAAAUCCAUUGAUUUUUUUAUCAUUGUCAUUUGUGAGCUUGUUAAUCGAGCCCAAAAGUCCAGAAAUUUUGAAGCAAACUCUAAUUACUAAGUUGGUAUCAACGCGACUACUUGAUUCAGAUGCUUACGUCCCAUCAUUUACACUUAUUUCCGGAAAUAUUUUGAUGCUUUUAAGAAUGUGGAUCGAGAUUUCCAUCUCUCAUGAUAUUAUGCAUGUCUGCUUAAGUAUUUCCAACAUCAUUUUAAUAAUGUUAAUGGAGGAUGCCAAGAACUUCCCUUUCAAUCGACAUAUUACUCUCACAAUAUCUUUGCUUCUCAAAACACUGAAACAAUAUCCUAUACACAAAAUACGACAAGAUGAUUUGGAACUUCUUAUAAUACCGAAAACUAUUGUUUACGCUUUGAUGACUCUGAAUGAUCCAGUCAUUAUCUCAUCUUUAAGUGAGUAUCUCAUCAGCUCUAAAGAAUUUUUAAAGAACUUAGAGGUCGCAAGCCCAUAUGUGAAGCUGCUGAAUCAGUAUGUUAUUGAUAUCACAAAUUACCUAUGGAGGAACAAAAUUUCCAAUUCUGAGUCCUUAUUUAGCAUUCCUGUUGAUUUCAUCAAACGUUAUGUGGCUACUGUUUACACAGAAGAUUAUAUUUCAAAUCUCAAGUCGUGCUUCACCAUUUCUGGUCUCCCAUCAUUUUCAUUCAUUCUCUUUAUGCUCCUUCGUAAAAUGAAAAACAUCGAUUGUAAAAUGCAUAUUAAUGAUAUUGUUUUCGAGAAAGGAUAUAGAAAUUUGAAAAAACACAAUAGUGACUGCUCUCUUUUGAUCACUUUUCCGACUUAUGACACUAUCAGGCUGGCUGUAUUAGAAUCUAUGAAGAAGACAGUCGCUUAUCGUGGAGUAGCUGAUUUUUUGACUACCUAUUUGAAAAGUCUUUCUGAUACUAAAGAUCAAAAGAAGUUAACUUGA